AGUCGCCCACUCCGCGUCAAGCCAGUCUGCGUGCACGUAACAGGAGCGAGAGUAUUUCGUAGAAGCGUCCUGUGCUUCGACCAGGGAACAAACUUAGCAACUGCCGCCAUGUCGGCUGGAGUGACGGUGUCCGAAGGGGCCAAGACUGCGUACGAUGAGUUGAGAAGGGACAAGAAGCACCGCUAUGUCCUGUUCAAGCUCACCGAAGGGAAUGUAAUCGAAACGGACACCACUGGAGAGCGUUCGGCCACCGUCGCGGACUUCCUGGAGAAGCUGCAGCACAGCUAUGCUGACCAGUGCCGCUGGGUCGUGUUUGACCACACUGUGAAACGCGAGGACGGGGCUACAGUUGAUCAGAAAGUGUUCAUAUGCUGGAGUCCGGAGCAAGCCAAUGUCAGGCAGAAGAUGAUAUACAGCAGCUCAAAGAAUAUCCUUCGAGUGCAACUUGUUGGAAUCAGCAGGGAACUCAAGGCGUCUGGCGUUGAAGAGAUCGAGCUCGAAUGAGAUGAAAACAGCCGUACUGCGAUAGUACGUACAGUAUACUAUGCACUAUAUUAUGGACAAACGAAUAAAGAGAAAUAUCGAAACUGCACAGUAA